GAACUGUUAGCCACGUCCUCAGCGGGAAGCAUAUAUAAGGUGGGAAGAAGAAACCAGGAAGCGUUACGUGACAAUACUUCACUGCUAAACAUUCAGAAAACAAACCAUUAUGCCCCAGUUUAAGGAAGUAUCAAAGCAGUCUAGUCUGCACCCCAAACCUGCAGGGUUGGUUUUGCAGUAUGGUACCGCUGGUUUCAGGACCAAUGCCAAACAGCUGGACCACAUCAUGUUUAGGAUGGGACUGCUGACCACUCUCCGCUCCAAAAAGACCAAAGCCACCAUUGGAGUCAUGGUCACCGCAUCACACAACCCUGAGGAGGACAACGGGUUGAAGCUGGUUGACCCCAUGGGAGAGAUGGUGACGCCGACAUGGGAGGGCUACGCCACCCAGCUGGCCAAUGCUGAGCAGGAAGAUUUGCUCGCUGCUCUGCAGGACAUUAUAGAGAAGGAGGCCAUAAACAUGAGCCAGGAAGCUAAUGUGUUUGUGGGCAAAGACACCAGGAGCAGCAGUGCCAGCCUUUCACAGGCAGUACUGGAUGGAGUAUCUGCACUCGGUGGUCACAGCAAAGACUAUGGUUUGGUGACCACCCCACAGCUCCACUACAUGGUUUGCUGUCAGAACACACAGUGUAAAUACGGAGAAGCCACAGUGGAAGGAUACUAUAAGAAACUCUGCCAAGCUUUCAUUCAGCUCACGAAAAAUGCGUCCAAUUGUACAGACGACCAGAAGCACCUCACUGUGGACGGCGCUAAUGGUAUUGGGGCCCUAAAGUUGCGUGAGAUGGAGAGUCAACUGAAGAAGGAGCUGCAUAUAUCGCUGUUCAACGAUGGCAGUAAAGGAAAGCUCAACCACCAGUGUGGGGCUGACUUUGUUAAAGUGCAGCAAAAACCUCCAACAGGCAUUAAGAUGAACCCAGGGGAGCGUUGCUGUUCCUUUGACGGUGACGCUGACCGAAUAGUUUACUACUACGCUGACUCCGAAGGACAAUUUCACCUGCUGGAUGGAGACAAAAUUGCUACUCUCAUCAGCAUUUUCCUUAAAGAGCUGCUCACACAGGCUGGUCUGGACUUGGAGAUGGCAGUGGUGCAAACUGCUUAUGCUAACGGAAGCUCAACAAACUAUUUGGAAGACACAUUGAAGGUGAUAGUGAGGUGUUCUAAAACUGGAGUGAAGCACCUUCAUCGCGCAGCCCAGGAGUUUGAUAUUGGUGUGUACUUCGAGUCCAACGGUCAUGGAACUGUGUUGUUCAGUAAAGCAGCUGAAGAGAAGAUCCAGCAGCUAGCUGAGAACUCCAGCAUCAAUGACGAGAGGAAGAGAGCAGCUCUCCUGCUGCAGAACACUGUCAACGUCAUCAACCAGACUGUAGGUGAUGCCAUUUCUGACAUGCUGCUGAUCGAAGCCAUAUUAGCCAUCAAGGGUAUGACUAUCCAGCAGUGGGACGCCAUCUACAGUGACCUGCCAAACAGGCAGCUCAAAGUCAAGGUGUCGGACCGCAGGAUGAUAGACACCACAGACGCAGAGAGACGGGCAGUGAGCCCAGCAGGACUGCAGGAGGCCGUCAACACUUUAGUGAAGAAUUACAGAGAGGCUCGCUCCUUUGUAAGACCCUCUGGUACCGAGGAUCUGGUGAGAGUUUACGCCGAGGCAGAAACACAGGAGAAUGCUGAUGCCCUGGCACAUGACGUCAGCCUUGCGGUUUAUCGUCUCGCUGGAGGAGUGGGGGGUGAACCCAAACCAUUGCACUAGAAACACAUACACACAAUCCUACAACAUCAGCUAAUCAAUAGGUGCUUUUUGAACGCAAUCUCAGUUGACAGCAUCUUUCUCUAAAGUUGUAUUUUGUCAAAAUUGCUUAAUUUCAGUGAGGUGCCAAAUUAUUUUGUACUGUUAAUUGCACUCUAGUUCUCUAUUUUUUUGUAUUUGUCAUCAUUGUGAAUAUAUGGGAUGCACUGGGGAGGGGCAAUGAAUUGACUUUAUGCUACUUAACUCAUGGCCAGUUAUUAUCUCUAUCAGGCUGCCAGUAAAUUAUGGGUUUCUGUGUAAUAUAAACUUGAUACAUAAACUGUAUAUAUGCCAUAAUUAAUCAAUUGUAUUUUCACACAAAUUAAGGUUUUCAAUUAACUUUUGGUUAUCUUGUAUCUUCCUACUAAAUGGAAUCUUUUUGACCGGUUACUGUAGGUAAUUUCUUUGCUUUAUGAGUGACAUACCAAGUUUAGAGGGGUGUUGUAAUAAUUAUUCUUCCCUUGAAUGUCCGUUGGAAAGCCUUUGCUGCUUUGGUUUUAAUAAAUUGUGGAAAUAUUG